AUGAAUUCGAACAAAGCAAUGUUGGCCCAACACGCCUUCCGCAAGAUAUACAAUCAAUUAUAUGGAAAGAAUGAUGGACGCUGGGAAUAUGUGGUCCUGCGUCGACCCGUGUACCAGUGGCUGGCGGACCACGAUGCGCCCUAUGUCCGCUCAUCACAACCCGAGAAAUUGACCGAGGCCAUCAAUGAGAUAUUCGAUAUAAUAUUGAGCAUACUGGAGAUGCUCAGAUGCUCGCCAUCACUGCUGUCCACAAUCGUCUACUACUCCAACAAGUUUGUGGCACGCACUGGAUUGAAACACAAUCAAUUGUUCAAUCUGCUGUUGACGAGCACCAUCGUCACCAUCAAGUUCUGGUCAGAGAGCGCACCCAUCAACAAUAAGAUGCUGUCAGAUAUCUUUGAGUUUCCCGUGCAGGACAUCAAUCUGAUGGAGCAACGCUUCCUGUCUGGUAUCGAGUACGAGCUAUGUAUCAAUGAGGAUCAGAUCGAUUCCUUCAUGUCCAAUGUCGAGAAGGCAUUGAACACUGGUCCAUCAUCUACAAAGUUGUUGCUAGUGUCAACAUCAUCAUCAUCAUCAGACGAUGCCACUGUUCCAUCAACAUCAUCAUCAGCAUGCUCGACUUCAAUAUCAUCAACAUCAACAUCAUUAUCUUCUUCUUCUUCAUCCUCUGCCUCUUCAUCCAUUCAUUGCAUGGAGAGCCAAACAGUGUUCUCCAAUCAUCUGUCGCCGACGACUGCCAUC